AUGUCUCGCCUGACCCUCUGGACACGUGCUGGAUCCGACGGUGUGAGAUGCGGUGGGGACCCAGCCGCUCACAGUCUCUUCAUGUUGAUGGUGUGGAAGUCCGAACACGAUCCUAAUCUCAAAUUCGAUGUAAAGACAGUGAACGAAGCUCGUCCACCGCAGGAGUUCAAAGAGCUGGGGCUGCGGCGAUCUCCGGCUCUUCAAAUUUCCGACGACACAGCAUUUUUUGUGGAAGACGAGAUUAUGGAACAGUUGGACAAGUAUGGGCAACCUCGUGGUAGUGCAUCUUCGCAAGCAGAAGACGCUACCUCUAAUCUUUUUCGUAUAUUCGCUUUCUAUAUCAAGGACAUCAAGAAAGAGCCUACGGCACUUCUCAUGGAGAUGCAACGAAUUGAUCAGCAUCUUUCAUCAGCCGGGACCCGAUUCCUUACCGGCAACGAGCUUGCGCACAUUGACUGUGUUGUUCUGCCUCGAUUACAUUCAAUUAGAAUUGCUGCCAAGGCUUUGAAAGACUUUGACAUACCGUCUGAAUACUCCUCGCUGUGGUCAUACAUGAAGCGUGGAUAUGAGCUGAAGGCCUUCACUACAAGCUGCCCAUCUGACCAGGUGAUUCUAGAAUUUCGGCUAUUGCUGAAGACCAUCCGAAAAACGACGAAUGGACGG